UGAAGGUCCUGCAGCAGGAGAUCUCUGAGCUGAGGAGGAGAAAAGCUGAGCUGGAGCAGCUCUCUCACACAGAGGACCCCACCCAGUUUCUACACAACUACACCUUGCUGUCACGUCUCAGUGAAGCUCCAGACUCAGCCAGCAUCAAUAUUCAUCCUGAGAGCUACACUGAGGAUGUGGCAGCAGCUGUGUCGGAGACCAGAGAGAAACUGCAGGACAAUGUUGAAUGGACCAUAACUGCUGUUGAAGAAACUCAGGGUGAUGUUUCACUGUUUGAGUCAGAGCCCAAGACCAGAGCUGAAUUCCUAAAAUAUAAAUGUGAAAUCACAUUUAACCCAAACACAGCACACCAGCGCGUUGUGCUUGGGCCUGGCUUAAAAGCAAAAUAUAGUUGUACUCAAACAGCCAAGUAUGAUCACACUGACAGAUUCACUGACUGGCCUCAGGUGUUGAGCAGAGAGAGUUUCACAGGACCUUGUUACUGGGAGGUGGAGUGGAGUGGGGAUGAUGUCUUUAUAGCAUUAGCUGACAGCAGUGUAAGCAGAUCAGGAAAAGAGAGUGCUUUUGGAAACAAUAACAGUUCAUGGGCAUUGGAGUGUUUCAGUGGUGGUUAUACAUUCAGAGAUUCAGGCAGCAACACUUUCAUUAAAGGUCCACAGUCCUCGAGAAUUGGAGUGUUCCUGAAUCAUUUUAAUAGUUACACUUAUCUGUCCUUCUACAGCGUCUCUGAAAGCACUCGAACCAUGACUCUCCUCCACAGAGUCCAGACUACGUGCCCACUCCUGGUUGGGCUCGGUGUAUACGGCGGUAGCGCUGAAAUCUGUGAGAUUUCAAGUUAAAAAUGAUAAAAUUCAUAAAAUCAUUAUCUUAUGCAACAAAAAGUAAAGAAGCUUCAUAAACAAGAUACUCACUUGAAGGUAAAAUGUCUUUGUUUUAUACUUUUUAUUAUAAGAAGUGGCCUAGGAAAAACAGACAAGUGAUUGUUCAUCAGUUCAUUGUUAGAAAAUAGCACAGACAUUUUAUACAAUAAAAACUCAGUUUUUAUUGAAAUCUUUAUUUCUCUAAAGAUAAUAAAUAUUAUUUUUAAAUCUUUUCUUGAUUUGUGACAGACUUCUGAUAUUGUUUGCAAUAACUGACUAAGUUUUUGGGGUUAUUUUCAUAAUUUAUUUAUCAGAAUGUUUAUUAAACAAAAUAAUGAUAUUUCAUGGAAAUAUUCAAUUCAUUUCUAUAUUGUAUGUGUAACAGAUUUGAUUGUAAAACAUCUCAAAAUUAAAACUUAAUGUCAUGUGACGCCAUAACAGCUUCUUAUCUGCUGAUGUUUUUAUUGGGAAUAUUUCAUCCAUGGAGAGUAAGGUAAAGUGCUUCGAAACAGUGUUUUAGUUUAAAUAACUUUUAUUUGAUUGUCUCGUAUGGCCAGUGUUUUAUUGUCUAGCAAAUCGUUAACAAAGGCAGUGUUUCUAAAACAUCUAGAAAUUUAUGAGACGUAUUUAUCAUAAAAUCCAGUAAAUGAGAGGAAAUGACCGGGACCUUUGGAGCGUGUUUUUCUUUCCUACCUGAUACAGUGUUUGUUGAUUUUACUCAAAAUUAUUUAGUUUCCAGUUUCAAUCAAGUUUUCUCCAUUUGUCCAGCGCUGUGCUGGAAACAUGCUUCAGAGUUUGGUCCAGAUUGGCAUGAUGGUGUCACAGAGUUGUUUCAGAUUUGUCAGCUGCACAACUCUGAUGUGAAUCUCCCUUUUACCACAUCAUAAAGGUCUGAGAUCUGGUGCUUGUGGAGUCCAUGUGAGUGCAGUCAGUUCAUUGCCAUGGCGCGUUAUCUUGGUGGAAGCAAUCAUCAAACGGUGGGUGCAGUGUGGCCAUACUGGGAUGGAGAUGGGCAGCAACAAUACUCAGGUAGGCUGUGAUAU